AAGUUGCAUUUUUUCUUGCAUGCUUGUAUUGGAUCUUAGAUAAGGAUUCGGUUCGAAUUUCGACUAAAAUAUACAGUAGAGACUAAGAAAUGGCAUUUGACUACUAAAAGCAGUCAGCUAUGAUCAUUCGCGUUGAGUGUACAAGGGGACUUCCUCUUAAUCUAAAAUUCGACUUUUGCAUCCACAGGAAUGCAUUUUUAUUGAACAUUGUGUGACCUUACAGGUGGAAGAGGGAACUUAGAGAUAGAAGGAAAUUCUCGGCGAUGUACCAGUGAUUCGCGAGACUUUGGUGUGUUAGUUCUGAUUUGUUCCUAAUUAAAAACUAAUUAAGAUGACUCUAAGUACCAGAGUAUACAGUCUCGUGUUCGUUAGGGAAGCUUCGAGGAUUUUACUGGGUCUAAAAAAGCGAGGUUUCGGCGAAGGGAAAUGGAACGGAUUCGGAGGUAAAGUGGAGCCCAACGAAACGGUCGUCGAGGGCGCAGUGAGGGAGUUGAAAGAAGAGUGCGGUUUGCUGGCCAACUCUUUGAAAUAUAAAGGAGUCCUCAAGUUCCAGUUCAAAGAGGACCCUACACUUCUCGAGGUCCACGUAUUCGACACUUACGACGUUUGCGGCGAACUUACAGAGUCUGACGAAAUGCGACCCAAGUGGUACAAUCUACAGAACAUUCCCUUCGAUAAGAUGUGGCCGGACGAUGCUUACUGGUUUCCGUACAUGCUCCGAGGAGAGCUGUUUAAAGGAUAUUUCCUGUACCAGGGAGAAAAGAUCCUGGAGCAGGAUAUCAAACCGCUGACGGAAGUGCCGGAAGGCAUGAGCCUGUAAAGCAGUAUUACCCUAGAGUAAUAUUUUUAUACCAACUCGUAUAAGAGCCCUCGAUUAACAUAAAGAGUAGAUCACCUUUUCUACGUACUUAGCCAAGAAUUUCAUACGUUUCACAUUUACUAUUUAUAUAUUUAUCAUGAAUAA